GAGGCAAGGCAUUGCCACCAGCUUGGCUUGAAAUGUUUCUUUUUAUAUGAUGUGAGCUGUUCAUGAUGCAAUUUUGUCACCGAUUCUGAAGCCUCCUCCCAUUCAGUCUGUCCCAGCAUGGUACCAUAAAUAGAAACCUAUUCCUUGCCCAUCCCAAGUUCUUGGCUUGGAGCUGUAUUUCUUGGCUUUAUUCAGUGGGUUGUUUACACUGCUUAAACCUUGCACCACUCUGUGGGAGGCCCAAAGGCUAACUAUGGAUCUGUGCUUAGCUCAAGCAAACCACGUUAUUAAGAGUCUGGUUGCUUGCAGGAGAGGAACACCUAGGAAUGGCAUUUAGUUAGGUUGCCUGCAUUUUACCAGAGCUGUAUGUGAGCUGUCUGUCCCAUUUAAACUGGUGUUUUUCAUGGCCACAUGUGUGUCAGCAGAAAGACUAGGUGGUCCAUUUAGGUAAGGGCUGAAGUCUGUUACAGGGUAAAGAAAGUUCAUCGGUCUGCUUCUGUGCUACCACAUUAUUAGACAGCAGGAACUUGGCCUGUUCAGCAUUGGUUUGCUUUUUAGUAUGUAGUUUGCCUUGAGUAUUUUUGGUUAGUAGGAAACGCUGAGACUUGGCUUCAGAAACAAAGCUACUGUAGAACUUGAUACUUUUCCAAUCGUGUCAGCAAAAUAGGAAACCCGUUUGCUGCUGUGUUAUCAAUUUUGUUUCCUUGUAUUCAUUAAGGCAGAAAUCCUCCCACUAACAAGCUGGGUAAAGAUCUUGAAGUCUAGUGAUGUAAAGUGAUACAUGUUUUGAAGAUGCAGUGGAAAAUACCAAUUGUACUAGCCGUCUUUAGUUACUUGAUGGUCUACGUUCUAUGCUUUUAAGUUGACCAGUACCUGUUCUUUGGUAGUCUUAAAAGCAAGCAUAUAAAAUGAGCCUGUGUGUAAAAUAAGCAUCAUGGAUAUUUAUAUAGGUAUUUAGUUUAAAAACUCAAAGUGAAAAUAAAGAUGUGGUACAUGCAGGAAUCCUGGUGGGCUUGUGUUCAAGUGUCCCUUUGUGGAAAAAGGACUGUAAGAAGCCAGGAGAUAGAACACCGUGCGUGUGUAUAUACACACCCACCCCCAUGCUUUUUGAUGUAAAAUGCUAAGAUACCAGGUUGAGACUGUAUGCAAUAACCAGGAUUUACCCACCCUAUAACCCUUACUUUGUCUGUCUUCCUUCCAUUGACAAACUAGUCACUUUGGCCUGCUCCAAGCAACACCAAGUCCUUUUCAGAGCUGUAUUUCCAUUUACACGUUCUUUUGUUUAAAAGACAUCAACAGUUGGUUCAGAAAUUCAGAGUACAGCAGAUUUGUUAGAAGCUUUAGAAGCUCCCUGAACUAUAUAUUUUUCAAAGUAGCAUAGUCAGCAAGAUUUCCUUUUAUUCAACUUCUUCCCACUGCUGGAAGAACAGAGAAAUGUUUCUAAGUGGAUGAUUUAAGUUGUACAGGAAGGGUACCCAACCACUCUCAGGAAACUGCUUUGAAGGACACCACAGGGAAUAGUCUAAAGAGCUGGGAAGAGCUGCUGUGCCUGAAAGGUGGAUUCUUCCACCGAGGAAGUUAAGUACACCAGAAUUAAGAUUUUAUAUUGUGCACUUACUGCGAAGGGAAUAGGAACAGGAUGCAGAUGUGGUGGAUGCAGAUGUCAAGGUGAUGGCCUACAGUACUACAAAAUAACUAUCUAGGAAAAUCAGUUGUAAAAGAAAUGAUGCUCAGGUAGAAAGAUGCCCGAUUUUGUUCUGCCUGAGUGCAUUUGACAGGACCUUCUGAACUGCUACACACUGUGCAGGGACACUCCAUAUCCUGCCCAUGGAGGAAUGCCUUCAGGAGGGUGGCUGGAAGGAUGCAGCCAGAGAAUUGCCCUGUUAGGGGAAACCUCCAGCUAGGGUAUUACUCAUCCACAAUGCCAAUGCUGGCUAUGACUUGGUUCCCAUCAGGAGCUCAUUAACAGACCAGCCAGCCCUUAGGCUUUGCCUGAGGAUGCUCUUCUGACAGAGGCUAAAAUUGAUAGGGUCAAUGUAUUUGCAAGUUACGUUCUUAAUCCAACCUAACUUUCUGCUAAUCCUUCUUUGUUCCAAAUACCAAUUACUCAUCUGUUUUAUUUUAGCUAAGAAGUAAAUCUGUGAUUUUAGCUAAGGUUAUUAACUAUUACAGCUAAGACUAAUUUAGCCACAGAUCCACAUGUAGCUUGCCAUUUCCUGGUACCAUUUCAGCAGUGUGUUUGUCACAAAGUUCAUCCACGUGUUUAUGAGGCUGCAUUGUUUUUCUCUACAAAUUCUGCUUAUUCUUUGUGUAUUAAUAGAAACACUAAGGGUAGUACUAAUACCAGUGUAGUUAGGAGUACUUGGAGCAAAUAAGGGGAGAAAACAAUAAACUGCAAGAGACAAAACCAAAGAUGAAAAUGGAUAAAAUAAACCCUAGGCAUCUCAACCUGUAACUACUGGCUAGCAUGCUGCAGGAUUCACUCAGCUUGGUUUUGGAGAAGGAAGGAAAGAGGUCACCCACUUGUCAGAACUUUAGGAAGACAACAGUAUGUAGGUAUCCCAAGGUAUUUUGUCUAGUUAUUUUUUCCACAUACAUUAGGCGAUGGUGGUAGAGGAAAUAACUUAUAUCGCAGACCAUACAGGGAAAAGCAACUCCUCACCACCACAAGCAUACCCAUAGUUACACAGUGUUUUUCCGCAUCCACAAAAUGCAAACAUUUGGAAUAAGGCAGGUUGCUCGUUUCUUACCUUUAGCCUGAUCUGAGGCCUCAUCACGUGGUGCAGCAGUCUUUCUUACAGAAUGGUGGGUUAUAGAAAUGCCGCUUCUUUUGUACUUCUUCCUCCUUGGUGGGCUGCAGCAGCUCCUCUCCCCUUACAAAGGCCAAACCAUUGACUUUCCUUUCCCUGCUCCCUUUUAUACCCCUCUGCAGCAGCCCCCACCCACCCCCCAGGUGUGAUACUGCCAUGGUGAUUGCUUGUUCUUUAACCCUUCCUUGUCCACGUGUUAGGAGGAGCUUGUCCUGCUAGAAACUAUACAGCCUUUGCUAGACAGCUAUGGCUUUUAAAGAACUCAUCCUAUAAAUCUUGUGUUUUUUGAGAGAUAAUUUGAUGAUGCCCUUUUAGAGAGCUGUCCUGAGUCUUACUAAAUCAGCAAAUAUGCAGCUCAGAUUGGGAGUGCUGUAUUGCCCUUGCUCUCUGUUUCUUUCUGAAAUGCUCAAGAGAGUUUGCUUGCUCAGUGCUUGUACAUCUUAGAUGUAUGUUUUCAUUAACAUCAUCCUGUGCCGAUUCAUGUAAAUAGUGGUCCCUCAAUGGUAUGUGGAGUAGAAAAAUGAAUCAAUCUGGGCCGUCCCCUUACUGGGUGAUCUGUUUUGUAAUUUGUACAAAGGAAUUUCUCCAAGGAAACUGUUUGCUUUCUUCCCAAACACUUUGUUGCCCAACUUUUAGCCGAACAAAACUCUGUCUUCAUAGCUUAUCUCAAAUUUGUUUCAACUUGCAGUCCAUUCCCCACAUCCUCUGUUUAGCGUUCCCUGGGAAGCUCCACCCUCACUUCCAGCUAAUAACCACGUUAACCCGCAGCUCGAUUUCCACAGUUUCUCCUUCGCCCGCUGGCAGCACUUGGUUUUUCAUUGGCGCCAGCCUUGUCAGCAGUGAUCCUCUGCACGUUUGUGCUGGCAGUAGCAGUCCAGGACUUCUCGUGUCAAGCAGCCUCUUCUGCUUGCUGCAGAGCACAGCAUGAUUGUGGGGACGGUCCUCUUCCAGUCCAGCAGCUAUGGCAAAGAGGGUAAGCUGCUCUGCUGCCUUGGUGAGGAAACUUCUGAGCCUGGCGUGAGUUUCACAGAGGCCCUGCACCGCCCCUAUGGUUGUGAUGUUGAACCCCAGGCACUGAAUGAAGCCAUCAGAUGGAGCUCCAAGGAGAACCUGCUUGGAGCCACUGAGAGCGAUCCCAAUCUCUUUGUUGCACUUUACGAUUUUGUAGCAAGCGGUGACAACACGCUCAGCAUCACCAAAGGUGAGAAGUUGCGAGUCCUGGGUUACAACCAGAAUGGUGAAUGGAGUGAGGUACGUUCGAAGAAUGGGCAGGGCUGGGUACCGAGCAACUACAUCACACCAGUGAACAGCCUCGAAAAGCAUUCAUGGUACCAUGGGCCAGUGUCACGCAGUGCAGCGGAGUAUCUGUUGAGCAGCCUCAUCAAUGGCAGCUUCCUGGUUCGUGAAAGCGAGAGCAGCCCAGGGCAGCUAUCCAUCUCGCUCAGGUACGAAGGACGUGUUUACCACUACAGGAUCAAUACCACCUCAGAUGGAAAGGUAUAUGUGACAGCAGAAAGCCGUUUCAGCACUCUAGCAGAACUGGUGCACCAUCACUCAACAGUAGCAGAUGGACUUGUGACAACUCUGCAUUACCCAGCACCCAAGUGCAAUAAGCCCACUGUCUAUGGAGUGUCCCCCAUCCACGACAAGUGGGAGAUGGAGCGGACCGAUAUCACCAUGAAGCACAAACUUGGGGGAGGGCAGUAUGGCGAGGUGUAUGUUGGUGUCUGGAAGAAAUACAAUCUCACAGUUGCUGUGAAAACAUUAAAGGAAGAUACCAUGGAGGUGGAAGAGUUCUUGAAAGAAGCUGCUGUGAUGAAGGAGAUCAAGCACCCAAAUCUAGUGCAGUUGUUAGGUGUAUGUACCCUGGAGCCCCCCUUUUACAUUGUGACAGAAUACAUGCCGUAUGGGAACCUGCUAGAUUAUUUACGGGAAUGCAACCGGGAGGAAGUGAGUGCUGUUGUGCUACUCUACAUGGCUACUCAGAUCUCCUCUGCCAUGGAGUACCUGGAGAAGAAGAACUUCAUUCACAGAGACCUGGCAGCACGGAACUGCUUAGUUGGAGAAAAUCACGUGGUGAAGGUGGCUGACUUUGGCUUAAGUCGACUCAUGACUGGAGAUACCUACACAGCUCAUGCUGGAGCCAAGUUCCCAAUCAAAUGGACAGCUCCUGAGAGCCUGGCCUAUAACACCUUUUCAAUCAAAUCAGAUGUAUGGGCCUUUGGGGUGCUGUUAUGGGAAAUUGCUACCUAUGGGAUGUCACCAUACCCAGGCAUUGACCUCUCUCAGGUGUAUGAUCUGCUGGAAAAGGGCUAUCGGAUGGAACAACCGGAGGGGUGCCCUCCAAAGGUUUACGAACUGAUGAGGGCAUGCUGGAAGUGGAACCCACCAGACCGACCUUCCUUUGCCGAGACCCACCAGGCUUUUGAAACCAUGUUCCACGACUCGAGCAUCUCAGAGGAGGUAGCAGAGGAGCUUGGAAGAACAGCCUCCUCCUCAUCCAUAGUACCUUACUUGCCCCGGUUACCCAUGCUUCCCUCCAAGACUAGAAUGCUGAAGAAACAGGGAGAGAACAAGGAGAACAUUGAAGGAACACAAGAUAGUGUGGAGCACUCAGCUUCCAGCUCAGCACCAGGUUUUAUCAGAAGCACACAGCUGACAAGCGGGUCUCCCGCGCUGCCUCGCAAGCAGAGGGACAAGUCACCCAGCAGCCUGUUGGAGGAUGCCAAAGAGACCACUUUCACCAGGGACAGAAAAGGUGGCUUCUUCAGCUCCUUUAUGAAGAAGAGGAACGCUCCCACACCUCCCAAGCGCAGCAGUUCCUUCCGGGAGAUGGAGAAUCAACCCCAUAAGAAAUAUGAGCUGACGGGUAACUUUUCAUCUGUUGCUUCCUUGCAACACGUGGACGGGUUCUCUUUUGCUCCCACACAGCAGGAUGCAAGCCUGGCGCCACCCAAGUGCUAUGGUGGGGGCUUUGUGCAGAGGACCUUCUACAACGAUGACGGCACUGGUACCAGCAGUGGUGGGGGCGUAAGCACUGGUGGUGGGUGGUCGGGCAUCACUGGUUUCUUUACACCACGUUUGAUUAAAAAGACACUGGGUUUACGAGCAGGAAAACCCACUGGCAAUGAAGAAGCUUCAAAGCCUUUUCCAAGGUCAAACUCUACAUCUUCCAUGUCCUCAGGGCUUCCAGAGCAGGAUAGGAUGGCAAUGACCCUUCCCAGAAAUUCCCAGAGGUCAAAAAUCCAGCUGGAACGGACAGUGUCCACCUCCUCUCAGCCCGAUGAAAGCACGGGGAGGGCCAAUGACCUGCUUCCCAAAAGGUUUGAAGAAGGCCCUGCUUUGACCAGAGAGAGACCAAAAGCAAAACUCUUGCCGAGGGGUGCCACGGCACUCCCUUUCCGAGCCCCCUCCGGGUCAGAAGAAAAGGAGGGUCCAGGGCUAGCAGCAGCUCCUAAGGGCAAAGAAAAAAACAGCGGCCCACGGCAAGGGGCCCUUGAGGACGGUGAGAGACCGGGGUGGUCGUCUCCAGUAAAGGCUGCAGCAAUACUUCCAACCACUCAUAACCACAAAGUGCCAGUCCUCAUCUCACCCACUCUAAAACACACUCCAGCAGAUGUGCAGCUCAUUGGCACAGACUCUCAGGGUAAUAAAUUUAAGCUCUUAUCUGAGCAUCAGGUCACUUCUUCCGGCGACAGGGACCGGCCCAGACGGGUAAAACCAAAGUGUGCUCCACCUCCACCACCAGUGAUGAGGCUCCUACAGCAGCCAGCUGCCUGCUCCGAUGCAGCAGAAGAGCUGAGCAACACGGCGGGAGCGCAGCACGGACUGGAAUCAAGCGAAGGGAGUAAGAAGGCAGCAGCAGCAGCACCUGUUGGUGGAAAAUCUGGGAGGCCUGUGAUGCCUCCACCUCAAGUGCCUCUGUCAUCGUCUUCCACCUCCCCAGUGAAAAUGGCCAAUGGCACAGCUGGUGCAAAAGUAGCACUAAGAAAGACCAAACAGGCGGCUGAGAAAAUCUCCGCAGACAAAAUCAGCAAGGAAGCACUGCUGGAGUGUGCAGAUCUUCUCUCGAGUGCCAUCGCCGAGCCAACACCAAACAGCCAGCUGGUGGACACAGGGCACCAGCUGUUGGAUUACUGCUCAGGCUAUGUGGACUGCAUCCCGCAUACACGCAACAAAUUUGCCUUCCGGGAAGCCGUGAGCAAACUGGAACUCAGCCUGCAGGAACUGCAGGUGUCUUCAACAGCUGCUAGUGUCCCUGGGGCAAACCCCGUCCUUAAUAACUUAUUGUCAUGUGUCCAAGAAAUCAGCGAUGUGGUGCAAAGGUAGCUACUGUCAAUCUGGGUAAGAGAAAUACACACGGGGAGGGGGGGACUUUUUUCUGUACUGAUGCUUUCAAAAGGAAAGACUGAUACUUGAGUAUGUGAAGUACCUCAGAUCACUGAGUUCUCCUCACGUUUACAGGUUCAUCUCAAAAAAAUGGGGAUGGAGAGGGUAGAUUAAAGCUGUAAGGGGCAGAACAUCAAGUAUUUGUCCCUACCUAGUCAGACUGAUCUGCUUGGUAUGGCAGGGGAAGGAAGUUCCUCGUUCCUCCCCUGGAGAGGCAGGAGAAUCGAUGGCAGGUUCUUGCUCUGGGAAGGAUGAUUUGAUGUGUGAUAGCCGGAGUACUGGAGCAGCUGCAGGCUACGUGGCUGUACGGAUCCUCCCCGUCUGCACUAACGCGUGCUUUGGUCUCCUGACAGGGCAGAGGACUGGCACGGGGGCUGCGCUGGGACCACCGGCCGAGCAGCCUGAGCUGGAGUAGCUCGGAAGCGGGAGGGCGCGUGCAGCUGGGGGAAGGUCUAAUGCACUGACAGUAUUCAGAGCUGCUGGAGGUGGAUGCACUAGCCCAGACGGCUUACUUCCACAGCGCUGCUGCUGCUGCUGUAAUGAGAACUGCAAAAUUACUUAAUAUAUGAAACUAUCCCUUUUUCCCUCCUGUCCACCUCAUCUACCACAUGUUCUCAUCUUCGUUGUAUUGGAAGCGUCAGGGAUGCUGGGCAGACUUACCACUGGAAUACCCCCUUCCCCACCACACAGCCUUCACUUAGCUGAUACUGAUUUCUAGUGGUCUAGCACGAGUGCUGCUUGAUGGUCCUUUGUGGGUAGUUCGGGGCUCUUGCGCAACUCGCCAGUGUUGUUAGUGGGGUGGGUGGAUUGUUUUUUGGUUGUUUUUUUUUAAGCUCUAGUUUUUAACUUGCUACCAGGUUGACUCCCCAGUUCAGUUUCAUCACUUUAAUGGACCCACGAUAGGUAAGGCAGAGCCUCUGCCACCCCUGGCUGUUCCCCGCUUUCCUUUAGCAGUCAUGGCACUGCAGGGCCAGCUGGAGAGCCAGAAGGCACAGCCUGGCCUGCCCACCACGCACCCUUGCUGCUGCGGGAUUCCCUGGAGCGGUCCCUACUCUUGGCCUAACACUAACACUUCCCUCCGACGGCUUCCUGGGAUUUGUUCAGGUGCUUGCGGGUGCUUUCAGCUUCCCUGCGUAUGGAGGCGACUAGGUGUGUCAGCACACAGGGGAACCAUAGCUAUCUUUUUUUAUUUGUUCCUGUAUUUUAAAGGCUAUGCCAGAAUCUCAUGCAGUGGCAUAGGGAACAUGCACAGACUGCAUGCUCCUCCGCCUGAGACAACAAAUGUUACAGCCCUGCCUUGGGGAGCUCCCACUGGGUUACGGUCUUCUGAUGCCUACCAACAAUCCCAGAAUGAAAGCAGUCACGUGGUUGAGAUUGUUUUCCUUGGUCCUAGUGCUGUUUGUAGACUGCUGUGGCCUCAAAAAGCUGGUCUUCUGUGUAUACGCACAACUCCCUGAGAUUUAAAUGUACUGGCAAGCAGGAAGACCUCAGCCAACUGUUGGUUUGCAAGAGGAAAAAAACCAGGCCUGAUACCUAGCUCCAAAUACACGUUACCCUGCGGGCUGCUGCUCACUUCACACUUUUGGUGAUGAUAGAAGAUCUCGCUUGCUUUGCACCUUAAAUCUUUUAUUUUUGGCUAAAACGCUUUUUAAACUUGUUUUUAAAGUGUGA